AUGUCUGAACUCAGAAAAGCUGCUCGUGCGUCGCAAGUUCUCGUGCGCAAGAGUGGUGCUAAAAGCUUUGCAAAUCGCAGAGCUAUUCCGAAAAAACAAAAAGGUGAUUUCAGUGAAUUGGAGUUUUUUAAAAGUGUUUACAGCGAAGGAGAUGGAAGUUUCAAAGAGGGCACAACAUCUCGUCAGUUUGUGGAGGAUGCAAUCAAGAAGGUGCAAGAAAGCCUUGAUAACUCCUCUUCUUCCAUUCCCAAGGUUGAUAUUGAAAAUGAAGUUUUCAAUCAACUUAUUUAUCAAGGCGAGAUCCCUAAGCGUCCUCUAAAUUAUGGUUUUGGUGUGAAGCAAAGAGACAUCUUUGUAGUGGAAGGACAUUUAAGGAAAGAAGGGUCUUACUAUGUCAACAAUAGUGAUAUGGAAGUGGAGAAGUUGAAGGUUACACUGUUAGAUAUGAAGAAGCAAAAUGAGGAUCUUGCUGAACAAAAUCAAAUAUUGAACACAAAAUUUGAUGCAGUUGGUUCUAUGAUGGCACAGGUUUUGAAGGCAACACGUAGUGGAAAUGUUUCAUCAGAAGUUAUAGAUAAUGCAAUACAACUACUUGAUUCUCAGGUUGUUGAUGAUGUAGGCAGCAAUGGUAAAAAGUAAAUUAAGAGCGUGAUUUGGCUUCAAGCACUCUUAUUAUAUAUAUGUGUGGGUAUUUAGUAGCUUUGAUAGCGUUGUGUGUAAUUAGUUUGGACAUCUUUUUUAGGAAAAUAUCUAUAUAUCUCUGUAUUCAAAUACUACACUUGUUUAGUUGAAUUGGAUGUAUAACGUUAUUAUGUAAACGGAUUUAUAUAUAUAUG